CCGGGGAUCCGCUCCGUUCACCGGUCGGCCUGGCCCCGUCCGGUCCGCGGGCCCCCGUGUCUGUGCGCUCCUUGGCACAUAAUCUGGCCUGGGACCAGAACCGAACCAGACAGAGUUUGAAGCUGUGCUAUUCCAGCAGCGGGGCUGGCUGCAGCUCUGUCCGCGGCUCUGGUUUCAUCCUCCGCCUUUGUCUCAUGUUUUCCCCCGGAGGUCCUCCCCCUGCGGCGCGGGGCGGAGUUUCAUACCGAGCUAGACGCUCCUUUUGUCGGAUUCGUUUCGAACUGACUCCCCGGGGUUUACGGGCAAAAAACAGGCUCUAAGAAAGGCUCAGAACCAGCCGAACCGGCACGGUUCUGUUCGGGAACCAUCCGGAAAUCCAGCAGAAUCAUCAGAGCGGCGAGGGGCGGAGCCUCCGUCAGGAUGAACGGCAGCAGCAGCGUCUCUGCGGCUCAGAGGAUCAAGGCUGAAACAGACGCGUGGAGCCAGGAGGACUGCCUGACGCUGCUGGAGCGGAUCCGCGGUCUGCUGCCCGACGCAGACGGCAUGAAGUACAAAACCACCGAGUCGCACUUCGACUGGGACAAGGUCGGCUUCGGCCGCUUCACCGGGGACAUGUGCCGCCAGAAGUGGCAGAGGGUCUCCUGCGAGGUCCGGAAGUACCGGACCAUGACGGAGCUCAUUGUGGACGCUACCGAGUUUGUCAAGAACCCGUACAAAGGCAAGAAGCUGAAGACCCACCCAGACUUCCCCAAGAAGCCGCUGACUCCCUACUUCCGCUUCUUCAUGGAGAAACGAGCCAAAUAUGCCAAGAUCCACCCGGAGAUGAGCAACCUGGACCUCACCAAGAUCCUGUCCAAGAAGUACAAGGAGCUGCCGGAUAAGAAGAAGCAAAAGUACAUCACAGAGUUCCAGCGGGAGAAGGAGGAGUUUGAGAAGAACAUGGCCCGGUUCAGGGAGGAACAUCCAGACCUGAUGGAGGAGCGGAAGAAGUCGGACUUGCCGGAGAAACCCAAGACGCCCCAGCAGCUGUGGUACAACCAUGAGAAGAAGGCCUACAUGAAGCUGCACCCAGAGGUGAGUCAGAAGGAGCUGAAGGAGGUGCUGAGGAGGCAGUGGUCCCAGCUGUCCGACAAGCGCAGGCUGAAGUGGAUCAGCAAGGCGCUGGAGCUGCAGAAGGACUACGAGGACAGCAUGAGGGCGUACCACGAGGCCCACCCAGACUCCAACUCAGAGGAACACGUCCGCUCUGUCCUCACCAAGGCCGAGAGACAGCUGAAGGACAAGUUCGAUGGACGGCCCACCAAGCCGCCGCCGAACGGCUACUCCCUGUACUGCGCCGAGCUGAUGGUGAACAUGAAGGACGUGCCGAGCACCGAGCGCAUGGUGCUGUGCAGCAAGCAGUGGAAGAUGCUGACCCAGAAGGAGAAGGACAUGUUCCAGAAGCGCUGCGAGCAGAAAAAGAAGCAGUACGACGUGGACCUGCAGCGCUUCCUGGAGAGCCUUCCUGAGGAGGAGCGGGACCGAGUCCUGACGGAGGAGAAAAUGGGCGGAGCCAAGCUGAAUGUGGGCGUGGCUCCCAGCCCUCUCAGAGCCAAGUCUCCAUCGGUCAAGGUGCCGCCAGAACCAGAACCAGAACCAGAACCAGAGGCCCUGACUGAGCAGUCUGUCUUGCUGCAGGAACGCAGCCGGGAGGCGGAGCCAGAGGCGUGGCCAGCAGCCGGAGGCGGAGCCACAGCGCCCAGAGAGCGGCGGGACGCCAGGAAGGCAGCGAAGCUUCCAGAGACGCCGAAAACGGCCGAGGAGACGUGGCAGCACAGCGUGACAGGAGAUUACCUGGCCAAGUACCGGAGCGACCGCAGGAAGGCGCAGGCGGCGAUGGAGGCGGCUUGGCGCUCCAUGGAGAAGAAGGAGAAAAUUCCCUGGAUCAAGAAAGCAGCAGAGGACCAGAAACGUUACGAGAGGGAGCUGUUGGAGAUGAGAGCGGCCCCCGGCGGCCAGAGGAAGCCCAAGUUCGAUGGGGAGCCGAAGAAGCCUCCAGUGAGCGGCUACCAGAUGUUCUCGCAGGAGCUGCUGACGAACGGCGAGCUGAACCACUUCAGCCUGAAGGAGCGCAUGGUGGAGAUCGGCAAGCGCUGGCAGAAGCUCAGCCAGGCGCAGAAGGACAAGUACAAGAAGCAGGUGGAGGAGCAGCAGGUGGAGUACAAGGCCCACCUGGAGGCCUGGGUCAAGGCGCUGUCCCCUCAGGACCGCGCCGUCUACAAGGAGUUCUCCUCCUCGAAACGCCGCAGCAGCUCUUCCAAAGCCACCGUCAGCCCCGUGGCCAAGGUCCGCGUGACGGCAAAGGGGAAGGUGGGCGGAGCCAGGGCCGUGACCCCAGGGGUCGCCGUGGGGAAGAGGGCCAUGGCAUAUCGCGCCAAGGACAUGUCCGACUCCGAUGAGGAGGAGGAGAAGAGCGGUUCCUCAGACUCUGAUGAAGACGAUGAGACAUCAGGAAGUUCAGAAAGCGAGGAUGAAGACGAGAACGACGAUGAAGAGGAUGACGACGACCAAUCUUCCUCGGAGGAAUCCAGCGAGUUGGACUCGGAUUAGCCCCGCCCACUCAUUGAAGAGGACAGGCUGUGCAGGCCACGCCUCCUCCUCUGCCAGUCAUCUGGGCAGACCAAUGAGAGGCAGUGCUGUCGGAAGUGGGCGGAGCCUGUUACAAGCGUAUCAGUUUAUAUUUACUUGGUUUUUAUCUGACGGACAUUUCAGGAUGACAGCUUCCUGUUUGUUCUUCUGGGUGGGCGGGGUUUGUACGUGACGACAUGCAGGGGGCGGAGUCAGUGUUGGACCUCCAGUCAGCCGGAGGCCCAGAGAAUCUCAAUAAAUGCACUUUUUCCAAAG